UUGACGAGCACUAAAACCAGAAGGUGGCAGUGGUGCAGCAUGAAGGAUGCAAGCUGCCAUAAAACCCCCGAAGAAGAAGCAGCAGAAGAAGCAGAAGCGAUGGUUUGGUGCUUGUUAAACACACAUUUCUUCUCCAGCUAACGUUAGCAGCACAGAUUAGCUGAUUAAAUGAGAAAAACCUCUGAAGUACAAUGACUCGCCAUGGAAAGAACUGCACGGCCGGAGCUGUGUACACAUACCACGAGAAGAAGAAAGAUACAGCGUGUCGUGUGGCUCUCCCCCUGCUCAGCCGCGUCUGGUUACGGAACACAGAGCAUUCGACUGGGCAAAGAUGCCAUCAAAGACUUCGACUGCUGCUGCCUGUCCCUGCAGCCCUGCCAGGAUCCUGUGGUGACUCCAGAUGGAUACUUGUAUGAAAAACAGGCCAUUCUUGAAUACAUUCUGCACCAGAAGACAGAAAUUGCCAAAAAGAUGAAGGCGUAUGAGAAGCAGAAGCAAGCGCAGAAGAGCAACAGCCAACUUGAGUCCAAGUCAGAGGAAAGAGAGAGGGUGGAGAGGUUUAAAACCAGGGAGAACAGCAUUGUGUCCAAACCCAUCAACCCAUUCACAUCUGGGCAGAACAAAGGGAGUGAGAAGGGCAGGACAGACAGCAGCCCAGCAGAAGCCUCCAGCGCUGGUUCAGCUGCCACGUCCAGCCAGAGCCUGCCCAGUUUCUGGAUCCCUUCUCUGACACCGGAGGCCAAGCCUACCCUGCUCAAGAAACCAAGUAAGGCUGUGUUAUGUCCCAUGUCAGGACGACACAUUAAGAUGAAUGAGCUUAUCGCAGUGCGCUUCACCCCGCUGGACUCCAGCCUGGACCGAGUGGCCCUGCUCACCCGCCAGGACAGGUAUGUAUGUGCAGUAACCAGAGACACCCUGGGCAACAGUGUUCCCUGCGCUGUUCUGAGACCCUCGGGUGCUGUGGUCACUCAGGAGUGUGUGGAGAAGUUGAUCAAGAAGGACAUGAUUGAUCCGGUGACUGGAGACAAACUGUCCGACAAAGACAUCAUACCACUGCAGAGGGGUGGAACUGGCUUCGCUGCCUCCGGGGUUGACCUCCGUGCCAAAGAGGCUCGACCAGUGAUGCAAGUGUGAGACGAUGGAGGAUCUGAGGACUGCACAGCAUUGUCACAAUGAUUUCCUGUACAUCCUCACUGUAGUUCUGUGGAGUGUAAUGGGUGAUGUGUUUUUGUAGCAGACUCCUGCCAGCGUGUCGACAACUUUCACCUAUUUUGAUGGCCUUUGAUUUUUUUUUUUUUUUUUUUUAACCACACAGUUUGUCAGUCAUGUGAAAUACAAUUCCCUCCUGAAUAACAUUUUAUCUUUAAAAAGUUGGUUAUGGCUUCACCGUGUCAAUAAAAGACAGAUUAUUCCAUUCA